GGCCUGGCCUCACCGAGGCCGGGGGCGGGGCGUUGGCCCACAACAUGGCGGCGGGCCCGGCCAAGCGGGCGCUGAGGGCCGAGCUGAAGCGGCGCCUGCGGGCGCUGAGCGCGGAGGAGCGGCGCCGACAAUCGCGCCUUCUGACCGACAAGGUUGUUGCCCACAAGAAGUACCAAGAGGCUCAAAGGGUGUCUGUCUUCCUGAGCAUGCCGGAUGAAAUUGAGACCUGUGAGAUUAUCAGGGAUAUUUUUCAACGAGGCAAGACGUGUUUCAUCCCACGAUACAAGUUCCAGAGCAACCACAUGGAUAUGGUCAAAUUAGUUUCCUUUGAAGAAAUCUCUUUGCUUCCUAAAACUUCCUGGAAUAUUCUUCAGCCUGAUGAGGAGGAGGAGAGGGAGGAAGCAUUGAGUACAGGAGGCCUCGAUCUCAUCUUCAUACCAGGACUUGGAUUUGACAAACAAGGCAAUCGGCUGGGAAGGGGGAAAGGCUACUACGAUUCCUAUCUGAGACGGUGUUUUCAGCAUUCCCAAGUCAAACCCCACACCGUCGCUUUGGCUUUCAAAGAGCAGAUCUGCGACUCUGUGCCAGUGGAUGAGAGUGAUAUGAGAAUCGAUGAAAUCCUCUACGAAGACAAGUGAACGGGUCUCCGUACGCAGCGGCAAUAAGCAAAAAUGAUCAAGGUUUCUAGACUGUGAGCCCACUGUUGGGUAGGGACCAUAUAUGUCGCCAACUUGUACUUUCCACGCGCUUAGUACAGUGCUCUGCACACAGUAAGCGCUCAAUAAAUUCUAUUGAUUGAUUGGUAGGGAGUGGGAAAAUAAUUCUGCCAUCCAUUCUUGUAAAAUAAAAUACAUUGAUUUCCUUUUGUCCAAAAAUGUCAAGCGAAACUGCAUCCGUUUAAGAAAAGCAUUGA